AUGGACUUAUCUACAAAUCCGUCCACUUUGAUUGAUAAAAUGAUUCGACUAUAUUGUAUUGAAGACAAGAUCUUCAGUGGGUUCCUAUACACUGUAGACCCAAAAACAGGAAACUACGUGUUAUUUUCACGAAUGAAUGAAAAAUACCAGCCAACUAUUGUCCGCCGUGAAGUAGUUGAGAGGUUAGAAACACUUGAUGAUGAAAUCCCAUCAGAGUUAAGAAAAAUUUUUGAUUCUUUCACAUCAAUUGACGAAUGUUCAUUGAAUACAAGUGAAGAAAUGAAAACAACAUCUUCGGCGACCAAAACAUUAACAUCAGAUGAAUUAAUUUGUCAACGUGAAAAAAUCAUUCAACUAUUUUCUUUAAAUCAUUUAAAUGAAGUAAGUAUAAAUGAUCGAGAAGAAGUAGUUAUUCAUAAUGUGGUAUUUAUUAAACCGCCAUACAAUGUCGACUGUUGUUCUGGUAAAAAUAUGAUUAUAUUGGAUCGUGUUAAAAAUUUAAUCAGUAAAUUAGAAGAGGAUAGAAACAAUGAAGUAGAAUGAAGUACAAGGAUUAGCUAAGAAUAAUUAAUCAUGAGACUCCAUGUAUAGCGUUUCUACAUAAAUGCUUAAUGUAUGUAUAAUUUAUCGUUGCCUGUUUGUCCAAUAUUUUGUGGCAUUUCUCCGUAUUUAAUAUAUUUGUG